GGAGGCUGGAUUGAACAGCGCUUCCUUGUUUGGUGAUUAGAGAGCGCGAAAAUGAAGUUUGCCUUGUUGGCGCUGUGUGCGCUGUGCAACGGCGCUCAUGCGUGGUUCGGUGCCUCCAUGCGAAGGCUCUACAAUGGGCCGGACAGCGUCCGCAGAGCAACUUCGCAGCUGGACGACGUGGGCGAACCACUCUUCCUGACUCCGCUCAUCGAGGCUGGCCUGCUGAACGAGGCGCGAUACCUCAGCCGCGUCGGUUCGCUCGGGGACGUGCGAGACUUCCCAGGUCACUCAGGAUUCCUUACGGUCAACAAGACAUGCAACAGUAACCUGUUGUUUUGGUUCUUCCCGGCCAAGGAGAACCCAGAGAAGGCGCCCGUGGUUCUGUGGCUUCAAGGCGGACCGGGCGGUUCCUCUCUGUUCGGACUGUUCGUGGAGCAUGGGCCGUACCUCGUGGUUAAGGGCGGCGUGCCACAGCUUCGCGACACCACGUGGGCUCAGCGUUACUCGAUGCUGUAUAUCGACAACCCGGUCGGGGCCGGCUUCAGCUUCACACAGGACGACCGAGGCUACGCUCGCAACGAGGAGGAUGUCGUCCGGGACCUGCACGAGGCCCUGCAGCAGUUCUUCACGCUUUUCGACGAGUACGCGGCUAACGACUUCUAUGCAACAGGAGAGUCGUAUGCAGGUAAAUACGUGCCGGCAAUCGCGCAUGCCAUCGACACAGCCGUGGCGCCCAGAGUCAAGAUCAACUUGCGUGGCGUCGCGAUCGGAGACGGAAUGGUCGACCCAGAGACCAUGCUCGAUUACGCCGACUUCCUUUACCAGGUCGGCCUCGCAGACCGACGACAAGCCGACCAUAUACGCGCCGAGACUACCCGGGCCGUCAUCUACAUCAAGGAGGGACGCUACCUGGACGCCUUUCUCGUCCUAGACAAGCUCAUAAACAUUGACGCCCUCUAUCAGCCAUCGUACUUCAAGAACAUAACCGGUUCAGACUCGCACUAUAACUUCCUGUUGUCCAAGGAUCCCGAAUUCUUCGACUAUUACAAGACAUUCGUCGACUCGCCCGCCGUGCGCAAGGCCAUCCACGUGGGUAACCUGACCUUCAGCAACGGAGGCGCCACCGAAAAGCAUCUUCGGGAAGACGUCAUGCAGUCCGUCAAGCCGUGGCUCGCGUCACUCAUGGACAAGCCGCAGUUCAAGGUGCUCAUAUACAACGGCCAACUGGACAUCAUCAUCGCGUACCCGCUGACGGACAACUUCGUCAGCACCAUCCCGUGGUCGGGCAAGGAAGCUUUCGAGAAGGCGGAACGUAAGAUUUGGAAGAGACCGGACGGAAACAGUGUCGCAGGUUACGUCCGCAAAGUGGGAAACUUCACGCAGGUUCUUGUUAGGAAUGCCGGUCACAUCUUGCCUUACGACCAGCCUGAGGUUGCGCUCGACCUAAUCACACGAUUCAUCGACGAUAAACCCUUCGCUGCGUGAGAUCCCUCCGGGCACCAAGGAUAUUUCGAGCAGUA